AUGGCAGAUCAUAUGAAUGAUCAAGCUCAUUAUCAGAGACAUAAACAGCACGAGGAUUACUCGGAAGUGGCUCGGGAUCUUGUUAGAAGAGAAUCAGAAGCGGAAGAGGAGAUAAGACAGAGGAGUAGACGAUCGAUUCAGAGAUAUAAGGUUAUGGAGAAGCUCGGCGAAGGAGCAUUUUCCAAAGUCUAUAAGGCACAGAACAUUCAAACUGGAGAUUAUGUGGCAGUGAAAGUGAUUGAGAAAUUUCAACUUGAUGAGAAACAGCGGGCAUCUGUGCUUAAGGAGGUGGCAUUGAUGAGGCAGCUUGAGCAUCCAAACAUCGUGAAAUUCAUUGACUUCAUAGAGAAUGAACAGUGCUUCUACAUAGUUCAGGAGUUGGUAGAAGGAGGCGAGUUAUUUAACCAGGUGGUGAAAUACACCUAUUUAAGUGAAGAUCUUUCCAGACACGUGAUUAUCCAGGUGGCCGAAGCUCUCAUAUACCUUCACGAAACGGUUGGGAUCGUUCACCGUGAUCUUAAACCGGAGAAUAUCUUCUUUGAUGCGAUCCAGGUGAUUCCGUCAAGGAAUAGACAACUUAGACGAAGUGAUGAUCCAAAUACAAAGCUGGACGAGGGUGAAUUUACGAUGAAUUACGGAGGAGGAGGCGUUGGGAUGGUUAAGAUUGGCGAUUUCGGACUUUCUAAGCAAAUUAUUGCUAACAAUUCGUUGAAAACUCCAUGCGGGACCAUCGGAUAUACGGCUCCAGAGAUCGUUAAGGAUUUAAGAUAUUCUAAAGAGGUGGAUAUGUGGGCUUUAGGCUGCGUCUUGUACAUUUUACUCUGUGGAUUUCCUCCCUUUUUCAACGACUCUAUUGACGAAUUGACCCGGAAAGUAGCCAAUGGGGAAUACGAGUUUCUUUCUCCGUGGUGGGAUGAAAUCAGCGACGGUGCUAAGCACUGCGUCUCGAAACUCCUGACUGUCAAUCCGCACGAGAGAUAUACCAUUUCUGAGUUCAUGAACGAUCCUUGGAUUCUGGAAUUUCUACAGAGAUCGGAAUCGUUUAGAGGACCACCACAGACAGCAUUUGGAGCCGUUCAAACACCAGUUUUACCCAUCUCAAAUACCUAUUUCGAGAUGGCACCAAUUGCUAACAACUAUUCAUGGGGAGAAUUCAAUUCCGCUGCACUACCAAGAUACGAGUCUAUGGCAAAUAGUAAGAUGCAACAACAACCACCAUUACAAGUUUUCAGACAGGACAAGGACAUUUUUUCACCUGCUGUUAUUGCCAUGAGAGAAGCCAUGGAUAUUACUACGGUAGCACACAGACUUCAUGAAGAAGGAGAAACGGAAGCAAUGGAGAAGAAAAAGAAGAAGACGAACGCUAAGAACAGACGUAAUCUUGGAAAUAAUGUCUUACUACCAUUGGCAGAGGAUUUAGAGGUUAACGACUAUGAAAACAGAUCGUUAAACUCCGAAAUCGAAUCUCUUUCAGAAGUGAAACCGUUCGUAUUGAAGAUGGGCGAAUCCUUGAUUCUUCAAAGAAGAAGAAAUAAGACAGUGAUGGCAUAA